CAGGGGGGGAUUCAUGACUGACAGGCACAAGCUCCUAUGGGGAAUGAGUAACGCACCAACUGGAGCUGGGAAACCCACCCAAAGGCAAUUAAGGGUAAAGGACGACAAAAAUAUUUGAUAAACUUUUUUUCCUCUCUCUCUCUCUCUGUGUGUGUCUCUCUCUCUGUGUCCUGACCGGAGAAGAAGAAUAAGAAGAAACUAUGGAGAUGGCGAUGGAGCUUGAAUGAAAGAAAGACGCGGACUCUUAUCUUGGAGAUAUGUUUCGGAAAAGACUGUGAGACAUCCUGAGCGAAGAUUUGACUUUGAAACCGCAAGGCAUGAAGGCUGAAAAAAGUUGCAAGAAGCAAUCCUCAUCGUGUGGAAACUUACAGUGAAGUUACAUCUAAACGUUUCCAGGAUAUUUGCGCAAUGACACGCAUCUAAGAGAAGGAUUAAAAGUUGUUUUUCUGUUUUUUUUUUUCGUGGCGCACAGAAGGACGUGAAAGUAUCCGAGAUAAGAUUGUAUCACUCUAUCUUGUAUCCUGUCCUUUGCUUUGCCGGAGGGCGAUGGGGGCCGCGCCGGGCUCGGGUUGGGAGGAGGGCGAGUUCGAGUUCAAGUUGGUUUUUGAGGAGGACCCGCCGCCAAGGCAGAGCCAGGGGCCAUCCCCGGUGCGCACAGCCGAGCCGGAGAGCUCCGUUCCCGGGGAGGAGAGUGAAGGCGCCCUGCUGCACCUGGACCCCUCCAACAACAGCAGCAGUAGCCUGGUUACAGAUAACCACAUGGCUGCCACUCAUGCAGGACACUCAAUCAACAUCCCCAGCCCGCCACCCUCGGCCAAUCAGCGGGCCGGGAUGCAUUCCCCGCCUCCACGGCGGGCCCCUGUCAGAGAGUUCAGCGGGACCUAUGAGAGCCUGCCGGCACGCUCUGUACAGGUUUCAGAGUCUCGUGUGGUCGAGUGUCCCAGCAUCCAAAUAACCACAAUCUCCCCUGAAGACGACCCAGCACCGACCAUCUCCACUUAUUGGGACAUGGGUGGCGGUGGUGGGUGGGACCGGGAGCGCCUUUACCUCCCCCUGCUGGACCCCUUCACUUACCGUGACAGGUGCCCUGGCUCCCUCAGUCCCAGCCCUGCCUCCAGCCCGUCCUCCCGCGGAUGGCUCAGCCCAGCCUCCAGCUGCGACUCCCUGCUGGUGGAGGAGGAGGAGCUGAACGAUGCUACGCUCAACUUUGCGCUCUCUCCGUCCUCGAGGCCGACUUCCCCUGGGGGUAAAAAGCGCAGAAACUCCCCCUUGGCCUCACCUUGUACCUCACGGAGGGGCAGCUACUCAGAGGACCUGCAGGGAUGUAACCUUGAGGGUGGAGACUCCAUCACUUUGUCACAAGCUUCGCCCAGCAGCUGUGAGCUCAGCAUCCCACAGAAAACAAGGAAGACGUCAUUGGAACAGUUGUCUCCCAGGGAGGUGGACCAGGAGCAGGCUCCAGGCCACAGCUCCCCCUGCCUGCUGCCAGAGACCCAGCAGAUCAGGAGAGAGCCCCCCUCGCUGGGUAUGGACUACCUCUCUGUGCCCCCUGCUCUAGCCUGGGGCCGGACCCGAGCCAGCGCCCACAGCCCUCUGUUCAGGUCUAACGCCCUGCCACCACUCGACUGGCCGCUGCCGUCCCAGUUUGACCAGUACGAGCUGCGCAUCGAGGUGCAGCCGCGUCCUCACCACAGAGCUCACUAUGAGACGGAGGGGAGCAGAGGAGCCGUCAAAGCUGCACCGACGGGUCAUCCGAUCGUCAAGCUGUGUGGUUACGCAGAGAGGAAGCCGCUCUCCCUCCAGGUUUUCGUUGGAACAGCUGACGACCGAUCAAUCAGGCCACAUCCUUUCUAUCAGAUACACAGGGUGACAGGGAAGAUGGUUGGUACAGCCAGUCAUGAGAGCGUCCAAGCAGGGACCAAACUGCUGGACAUCCCCCUCAAUCCUGAGAACAACAUGACUGCACUCAUCGACUGUGCUGGGAUUCUGAAGCUGAGGAACUCGGACAUCGAGCUGAGGAAAGGAGAAACAGACGUUGGAAGGAAGAACACACGUGUUCGUUUGGUGUUUCGUACCCACCUUCCUCUAGCGCCCCCUGUAGCCCCGCCUGGCCGAGUCCUGGCUCUGCAAGUUGCCUCCCUGCCCAUAGAAUGCUCCCAGCGCUCGGCUCAGGAGCUGCCCGUCAUCGAGUCUGUCAGUCUCACUUCCUGCUCUGUGGAGGGAGGAGAGGAGCUUCUGCUGAGCGGCUCGAACUUCUUGCCAAUCUCCAGAGUCCUUUUCAUGGAGAGAGGGACAGAUGGUAAAUUACAAUGGGAGGAGGAGGCUCAUGUCGACCGUGACAACAGCAAUGAGUGUUUGCUGUGUGUGAGGGUUCCCGCCUACAGCGACAUGUCCGUCAGUCGGCCGGUGUCGGUUAGUCUUUACGUCUCCAACGGGAAGAGGAAAAGGAGCAGCACUCACUGCUUCAAGUAUCUCCCCAUUAUGUUCAAAGAGGAGGACCCGCUGCUGUCCCGGCCCUCUGUGCUGCCUCUCGAUGGGGGACCUGUGUGUCCUGUGGGGGGUCAACCCAGGAUGGACAGGGGCUUCCACGUGAGAGGCGACCCCAUGGCUGAUGAUCGAAGCCUGGGCUUCCACCUGCCUCCCUAUCCUUCCACCUACUCCCCUCCGUGCCCCACGAUGGGUUACCAUGAGGAGUACUGCUCUAAACCCGACGCUCCGGUGGAGGAGCCCGGCGGGUCCAGGGCAGCCCUGUCCGAGCGUCAACCCAGCUUCAAGAACCUUGAGCUGGGCUUCACCGAGCUUCUUCCCCCGCUGUACCCUCAUGGUCCGCAGCCUCCCUCCCCCUCUCCUUCCCCGUGGCUGGACUCACCUUACCUGUCCUCCUCACCUUCUCCCUCCCACUCCUCCUCUCUCAGCCCGUUUCCUGCUGGCAGUCCCAUCUCGACCUCCCCUCUGCCUCCCAUGCCUACCUCCCCUUACCCCCAGUACUCUGCUUAUCCUCAGGAGGUGUGUCCCUCCCCUCCCUCCAACCCUAGCCCAUAUCAGGACAUCUGCCAAACACCUUACUCCCACUACGACGGCUGGGACCCCCAAGGAAGAGUGCUGGGGACGGGACAUGGAGGAGAGAGGGAUGCCAAGAUCCAGGACUGUCCCCUGGAGUUUACCAGCUCUGCCUCUAUGCACCACAUCACAUUUGAAGAAGUGUCGGAGUUCAUCGGGGAGGACAUCCAGUUGUACCAGUCAUCACAUAUGGACAACCAGCCAAACUGAGCUCAGAGCAGCUCGUCCCCUCUCCGUUUGAUAUUCAGCAUAAUUUUAAAUCCAUUAUGCACUUUGUAUUAAGAUGCGUCGCUCCAGUUACAUGCAAUACAGGCAGGGGAAUUUUUGAUUACCAGGACACUGUUGUAAUUAUGACCACAGGUAACUGUUAUUGUUUUAUAAAGGGAAACUAAUGUUUUAAACAUGUUUUCAAUAUAAAUUAUACAAGAAAGUGCUCGA